AUGAAGAAUUCCACUGCCCGACCACCACGUGACGUCAUCAGUCACGUCUCCCCGAAAUCCAGGAAGAUCCGGAAAUCCACGUCAGCGGAGAGAAGGGAAAAGGAGAAGGUCACCAACCGUCUUCGCCAACUAGUCGCCGCCGAGGAAGACGCCGACCAAUAUGAGCUCGUCCUGGCCACCAUCGCCCAUAUCCGAGAGCUCCAAGCCCAGUUAUCCGGAAAAGAAAACUCGCUGCCCGCCGGAUUCGAGCAUUUCUUCACCAGCUCCGCAUCUGUCAGCCCGUCCACAUCGCGACCCGACACCCCUGCCUCGUCUCCAGAAUCAUCGCCGACGUCAUCUGUUUAA